UUCAGCAUGAAUCUGGCAGAGAUAUGUGACAACGCCAAGAAAGGCCGCGAGUACGCCCUGCUUGGAAACUAUGACUCCUCCCUUGUGUACUACCAGGGCGUCAUUCAACAGAUCCACAGGCACUGUCAGACCUUCAGAGACCCUGCACUUAAAGUCCGAUGGCAACAGGUCAGGCAGGAGCUCACUGAGGAGUACGAGCAGGUGAAAGGCAUCAUGGGAAUGCUAGAGAGCUUAAAGUUAGAGAAGCCAAACGACAUCUUUGCACCUCAUGCUCCUCAGUCCAACGACAGACCCGAGGAUCCAGCAGUUUGGCCCCCUCCCAUCCCUGCUGAACACAGGAAUCCUGUAGCACUGAAGCGGCCCAGCAGUGCAGGGAAGCAGCAGAGUAAGGAGUCCCUCGGUCUGACUAUAAGAGUGGGGAGGCCAGGAGGCCGCAGAUUGAAACCAGACCAGCAUGGAUCGAAAGACACACGUGGCACAAAGGCCAAAGACGAGAAGGCAAAGAAAGGGGCGGGAGAUGCACCAGGAGAUGUAGAGCUGAAUAAAUUUGACGGCACAGGGUAUGACAGUAACCUGGUGGACUCACUGGAGAAAGACAUCGUGUCCCGUAACCCUAACGUUCACUGGGGGGAUAUUGCUGAUCUUGAAGAUGCGAAGAAGCUGCUGAGAGAAGCUGUGGUGUUACCCAUGUGGAUGCCUGACUUUUUCAAGGGCAUUCGUCGCCCCUGGAAGGGUGUGUUAAUGGUCGGCCCUCCAGGGACGGGGAAGACCAUGUUGGCCAAAGCUGUAGCUACAGAAUGUGGGACUACUUUCUUCAACGUGUCCUCCUCCACGCUUAGCUCCAAAUACAGGGGCGAGUCAGAAAAACUUGUUCGUCUGCUGUUUGAAAUGGCCAGAUUUUAUGCACCGACAACCAUCUUCAUCGAUGAGAUUGACUCAAUCUGUGGCAGAAGAGGAACAUCUGAUGAACAUGAAGCCAGUCGCAGGGUCAAAUCAGAGCUUCUGAUCCAGAUGGAUGGUGUGGGGGGAGCAUCAGAGAAUGACGACCCCUCCAAGAUGGUUAUGGUCCUCGCCGCCACCAACUUCCCCUGGGACAUUGACGAGGCCUUACGACGCCGCCUGGAGAAGCGGAUCUACAUCUCCCUUCCCACAGUUGUGGGUCGUGUCGAGCUUCUUAAAAUCAACCUGAGGGAGGUGGAGGUGGCUGCUGACGUUGACCUGGACCUCAUUGCUGAGAAGAUUGAGGGCUACUCAGGAGCAGAUAUCACCAACGUCUGCAGGGAUGCAUCCAUGAUGGCAAUGCGGCGUCGCAUCCAAGGCCUGAGCCCUGAGGAGAUCAGAGCUUUGUCCAAAGACGAGCUGCAGAUGCCUGUGACUAUGGAAGACUUCACCCUCACGCUCAAGAAGAUGUCCAAGUCCGUCUCCGCUACAGACCUGGAGAAAUAUGUUGCCUGGAUGGCUGAGUUUGGGUCAGUGUAGACAACGGUACCAGUGAGACCCAGAGGGACCAGCACCUUAAAAGGAGGACUAACAGUUUUGAAAAUGAUGAAGAGCACGGACUUAGGGGUGUUUACAGAGCCGAGGGAACUGUAGCACGUGAACCAGGCGGCACAUCAGGGAUCAAGAAAACACAGAGGCUCAAGUUCACAUCAGAUGACUGGUGCCUUUGGUGAUGUGAACUUUCAGUGGCUUCACGCUUCUCCUCGCUUUUCCUUCAUGUCCUGGUAGUGGGCGUCAAUCAUCCAGCUGCUGACUGAUUUAAGUGACCUGAGGAAGAAUGAGGUGAACUUUUCUCACAACAGGACAUUUUAGUGUGUAACUAAUACUAGACACAGGUAGACCAGGGAAUGCACACUAGUUUCAAUUAGAUAUCAGGCCUCAUGCAAGAAUUCAGAUCAUCAGCCUAAACCUCUUACUUUUUACCUACUAUUUAUUAGUGUGGUGAGUUUGUCACCACACUAAUCCAAAUCUCUAAAAGAAAUCCAAAUCUCAUGAGGGGACUGUUGGGCCUUGGCUGAGGUCUUUGCUUGACAAAUUUAUCAUAAAUAGCAAAUUUCCAAAAGAUGAAUUUUAGCUGUCAGCAUUUGUGAGAGUUGGACAAUCGAUCGCUGCUUUUAUAUUUGCUGAAUUCCUGUCCCAAUUCUCCUCAAUUUGUGGGUAAGUUUCACAAAAUAUUACCAAAGAGUGAAACUGCCAUUUUAUCAGUAUAAGUCUAUUUUAGGAGAAUAGAAACUCUUAAAGGCAACUCUUAGAAAAUCUUCAAGGGUCAGUGUGUAGAAUUUAGUGACAUCUAGUGGUGAAGUUGCAUAAUGCAGCUAAAUACCUACCACCUUACUCUCCUCUUCCGAACAUUACAGAGAACCUGUGGUAACCUUCAGUUGGCAUAAAAUCUCAAAAGGUGUAAGUUUGUCCAGAAUGGGCUUCUGUAAAAAAAAAACAUGGCGGCCUCGGAAGAGAGGACCCGCUCCUGAUGUAAAUAUAAAGUAUUAAGAUAUAAAGGGUAUAUGGGGUAAAGAUAACAAUUUAGACGAAACACACUGUGAAAACAUCCCUAGGAUUAUUUUAUAUUAAAUUUCUGCCCUUAGAUUCCUUUCACCUAAAUCUUAAAAAUGGACCUUUUAUAGAAAAUUCUGCUCAAUUCUGUCAGCUUUGUGCUGUCAGCUCAUUGUGAUUCUUGCAUGAGGCCCAUUGUCUGUAUGUUCGAGCACUUUCGAUGUAUCUCCUUGUGGAGCUCAUGUAUUUACUACUGACUGAACACACUUGAAGAAACACAAUGUCUGUUGUGAGGUGAGAGAUUGUAUUUGUGUUUUCAUGUUUGUUUUUAAAUCUAUUUCAGUUUAAUUUAAUUGAAACAAACAAAUGUCGUCAAACUAGAAAAGAGAACGACCACAUGGAUUGUGUAUUAAAUGAUGCAGACAAUUAAUUCUCAUCUAUAUGUACUGGUUCCUGUUUUAUAUGUAGUCUAUUAAAUAUCCCUAAACUCAGUCAGGUUUUGUUUUGUAUUGACCUAGUGUUGGAUGAGUUGAAUAAUAAGAUAAAUACAUUGUGAACUAAUGGUGAACUCGAUCUAUUCUCGAUGAUUGUUUUAUUGUCCUCCCCUGUUCCAAACGUUUACAGCAUUCUGCUUCAGGGCACUAAAAGCUCCAU